AGGUACCUGGUACCCAGCAAAAGCCCAGACUCAGAGUUAUCAGUGGAAUUCCUCAAAGUGACAAAGGGCUAGGCGAGGGGUUCCUUGCUGGUACAACCAGGUCACAAGCCUAAGAAGGCUUGCCGGGUGUGGCUGGCUCCGUCCCCAGGGCUCUGCGCUGCUCCCGAUCUGGGCUGUGCUGCCCUGGGGCUGGGCUGCUCCUCCUGGCCUCUGCAGGACCUCCAGGCUCCAGGAAUUUGGACCGAGUGGUAGAGACAUCGCCGGCAGAGACGGCGGUCGCCAGCUUCCUCCCUGCAUUGACUUGUGAUUCAGAGCACAUUCUGCUCCGCUUUUUAAGAAAGGGAGCACGUUAAUGUUGGAGGCUCACUGGGACAGAACAGAGCAAGCAGACGCAACAGUGGGAUCCAAGAAUUGGAGCCCCUCCAGUCUCCAUGCCGCCUCUCCUGGUCACCUUCUUCCUCCUCUGCUCCUGUGUCCCCAAAGCAAAUGGCCACCUCCGUGAAGCCCUAGCGGUGCUGAAGGCUGAGUUUGCACUUCACCUCUACAGGAGCGUGGCAGCAGGUAGAAAUGGGACGAACUUCGUCAUCUCCCCCGCGGGCGUGGCCUUGCCCCUGGAGGUCCUGCAGUUUGGAGCCCAAGGGAACACGGCCCAGCAGCUGGCAGAGGCACUGGGGUACACCAUCCAUGACCCAAGGGUGAGAGAUUUACUGCACACCAUUUAUGCCACGCUGUCCAACUCCGGCCAAGGCACUGAGAUGGAGCUGGCCUGCACCCUUUUUGUGCAAGCAGGAACGCCAUUGUCCCCCUGCUUUGUGGAGCAGGUCUCCUGGUGGGCCAACAGCAGCCUGGAGCCAGGUGAUCUCAGAGAGCCCAAUGGCGCCACCAUUCAAGUUGACGACGGGGCCUCCAAACAGACCUCAGGUGAGGGCCCAAGCGGCUCUCCAUGGGGGCCCGUCGGCGCCACGUCUGCUCAGCUUGCCAUUGUGAGCACCAUGUCGUUCCAAAGCACCUGGCGGAAGGCAUUCUCCUCCAGGGACUCGCAGCUCCUGCCUUUCACCUGCGCCCACGGCCUCGUCCUCCAGGUCCCCACGAUGCACCAAAUGGCUGAAGUCAACUACGGCCAGUUCCAGGACGCUGUCGGCCAUCAGGUGGGAGUGCUGGAGCUGCCUUACCUGGGAAGUGCGGCCAGCCUGUUCCUCGUGCUGCCCCGUAACAAGGACACCCCCCUGCAUCACAUUGAACCUCAGCUCACAGCCAGCGUCAUCCACCUCUGGACCAGCAGGCUGAGGAGAGCCAGGAUGGACGUGUUCCUCCCCAGAUUUAGGAUUCAAAAUCAAUUCGACUUGAAAGGCAUUUUAAAUUCUUGGGGAGUCACUGAUGUUUUUGAUCCACUCAAAGCUAACUUGAAAGGAAUUUCAGGCCAAGAUGGCUUUUAUGUUUCUGAAGUGAUCCACAAGGCCAAGAUUGAGGUUUUAGAGGAAGGUACCAAGGCAUCUGCAGCCACAGCUCUGCUGUUACUGAAAAGGUCUCGGAUUCCUAUUUUUAAAGCAGAUCGGCCAUUCAUCUUUUUCCUGAGAGAACCCAAAACAGGGUUUAUCUUCAGUAUUGGGAGAGUCUCAAGUCCCCUUGACUGAAUUAGAAGAUCUCAAGCACAUUCUCCACUUUCAUCUCUGCUUUACUUCAUAACAAGUUACAAUUUCAUUUUGCUAUACUCUCAAAGCUUAAAAAAAUGUUUUGAUAAAAUGUAAAAGUUAAGGAUAUGUGGUUUUCCAAUAUUAUGGACUUAAUAGUUCAACUGUA